CGGCAAGUUGGCAUCAUGGCGAGCACAUGGCACCGGUGUUCGCAUCGUUUUCGUUAAGCAUGGGCGAUUAAACGUUGACCCAGCGGUGUGCUUGUCCGCAGCAGGAGUCCAGCACUUGGUACUUUUGAUUUACCAAGAUGCCGCUGACACACCAGUACCUGCGUUUCACCAGUGGGCCUGUGUUCGGCGUUCUGGCCAGCGCCGAGGCGCGGGUCGCCUUCGUGCGCUACCAAGACACGGCGUCCCGGUAUUAUGCCGUGACCGCCUGCGAAAACGUGCUUCUGUGGGACACCAAGACCAAGCAGAAGGUGAAAACCUUCUCCAGCCAGAAGCAUUUGGCCACGUGCCUCGUUACCAGUCCCGAUCACCGGCAUGUGGCCGUCGGAUACGCUGACGGCGCAGUGCGCAUCUUCGACGUGGGCCAGGACGACGGUGAAGCCGCGAUCACGUUCCAGGGUCACAAGGCAGCCGUUACCAGCCUCGACUUCGACGAAGGAAGGCUCGCGUCGGCCGGAAAGGACGCGGUGAUCAUCCUGUGGGACGUCGUCGGCGAGGCCGGCAUGUUCAGGCUCAAAGGGCACAAGGGAGUCGUGACGCGGUGCCGCUUCAUGCGCCAUCGCGGAAACGUGCUCGUGUCCAGCUCCAAGGACACGUUCAUCAAGUUUUGGGACCUGGAGACACAGCACUGCUUCAAGACGCUCGUCGGUCAUCGCGGCGAGGUGUGGGACUUUGUGCUUGUCCGCGGUGACAGCUGGCUCGUGACGGGAAGUGCCGACAGCGAACUGCGAGUCUGGGAGAUCACCGACAAGCAGCGGGGCCAGGACAGUUCUGGAGACGCAGCAGAGACGAAGAAGAGUCGUCCAGACGCCGCGGAAGACGGUGUAGGGCGCAGCGACGAGGGCGACGAGGAGGAAGAAGCGGAGGACGAGGCGGGUUGCCCGCUGACAUGCACCAAGUUCGGCAGCGUCAUGCGGGAAGGUAAAGGCCGGGUGUGCUCCCUAGCCGUGGACCCGUCGGAAAGGGCGAUCCUCUGCCACGGCGUCGACUCCUUGGUUGAAGUUUUCAAGUUGAACGACGAGACCGAGGUCAAGAGCAAGCUUCAAAAGCGACAGCGCAAGCUCCGAAAGCGACGCCUCAAGUUGGCCUCCGAGGAUCAGCCGGAGGAGGAGCAGGAGCCGCGUGUCGAGGUGACCAUUGCCGACAUGGUGGAGAGGCUGCAGACGUUCAGGUGCAGCAGCAAGCCUUGCUGCCUCGACAUCUUCUCCGCUAGAAAUGGUCUGGCAAAGGCUGCAGUUGGUCUCAAGAACAACCAGGUCGAGUUUUACGUCUUCAACAUGAUGGACAAGAGCGUCACGCCGGUGCUAGCCGAGAGCAUCCAACUCGCCGGCCACAGGAGCGACGUGAGGGCCCUGUCCUUCAGUUCCGACAACACGGGUAUCUUGUCAGUCAGCGGUGAGACAGUUAAGGUGUGGGGUCGCACCAGUCAGCAGUGCCUGCGAAGCAUGGCGUGCGACUAUGGCCUCUGCUGUUCUUUUUUGCCUGGUGACAGACACUGUAUUGUGGGCACAAAGACGGGCAAGCUGCAGCUCUUUGACAUUGGUGCCAAAAGCCUAAUCGAUGAAGUCACGGCACACAGUGGUCCCGUGUGGUCGCUGGAUGUGUACCCGAAUCAAAAGGGGCUUGUUUCAGGAAGCGGUGAUAAGACUGUCAAGUUCUGGGACUUUGACCUCGUCGACAGAAAUGGUGUGCAGGCCCUGACGUUAGUCCAUGCCAGAACUCUUGAAAUGGCAGAAGAUGUGCUGUGUGUCCGAGUAACUCCCAACAGCAAACUGCUUGCAGUGUCACUCAUGGACAGCACUGUGAAAGUUUUCUUUAUGGACACACUCAAGUUCUUUCUGUCCUUGUAUGGUCAUAAGUUUCCUGUGCUCUGCAUGGAUGUCAGCUAUGACAGUGCCCUCCUGGCAACUGGUUCAGCCGAUCGUAGUGUCAAGAUCUGGGGGCUCGACUUUGGGGAUUGCCAUCGGUCUAUCCUUGCACAUGACGACAGUGUCAUGUGCCUCAGGUUCUUGCCCAAGACGCACAUGUUCUUCACAGGAGGCAAGGACUCGACCAUCAAGCAAUGGGAUGCAGAUAACUUUCAAAAGAUUGUCACCCUUGAAGGCCACCAGGCAGAAGUGUGGGCAUUGUCCAUCAGCCCUGACGGACGGUAUGUGGUCACGGCCUCGCACGACCGAUCCCUGCGCCUCUGGCUCAAGACUGAGGAGCCUCUUGUACUCGAAGAAGAGCGUGAGAACGAGAGGGAGGCCGAGUUUGAGACCAAUACAAAUCUCGAGGAAGCGGUCAUCCCGAGGGAAGGUGGCAAGGACGAGCUAGGCCUGGCUGCCAAGAAGACGACCGAGACGGUCAAGAUUGCGGAGCGUCUUUUGGAAGCCAUAGACGUCUACAGGGAGCACAAGGCGAAGUUGGAAGAAUACGAAGUCCAGCGUAAGGCAUCUGCAGAACCAAUCACACCCCCCGCACCACAUCCACUGAUGACUGUCUACCAGACAACUUGCCCUGAGCGUUACAUGCUGGAGGCACUCAGGAGGAUACGCUACAGUGAACUGGAAGAGACGCUGCUUGUCCUUCCGUUUGGAUACGUCACGGACCUUCUCAAGGCACUCUCUGAACUGCUGAGUCGCAACUGGGAGGCAGAACUGUGCUGUCGCUGCCUGUUUUUUCUGCUCAGAGUGCACAGCGGACAGAUCGGGGCCACCUCAGCGCUGGUUUCAACUGUAGAUAGGCUGCGGCUUUGCACUCUCAGCCACCUGGACCAAGCCAGAGAUGAAAUUGGCUACAACCUGGCUGGGCUCAACUUUCUACAGCGUGAGAUUGAUGCGCGGGAAGAAGUGUCACUCUUUACCGAUGCAACGAGAGCAUUCAAGGAACGGAAGAAGAAGAAAACGAAGAAGGAACGAGCUAUACUUUCAGUUGUGGCCUCAUGAAAAACUCAUUGUAAUAAAUGUGAUGGUGGCAAGGUAUGAACUCCUGUAUACACUUGUGCGUAUGAACUACAGGGUGAAAGAAUAAAUUGGUGUUUUCAGAA